CUUUCAAUACUUUACACUCAUCCCAAAUCAAACCUUGCCAUAUAUAUAACUGCGUUCAUCCGCCCACUUGCGUCAUCCCCAGCCAUCAUGUUUACUUUUUCUCCGCUUACCCUCGCACAAAUACCAACUGCUUGCCUGCUGCUUACCGCUCCGGUGGAAGGGUUCUCUCGCAGCCACCCUGCCUACCGGAAGUAUCUGGCGAUUUGUCAACUGACUGAUUGCCAUCAACCAGAAACAGGGCAAUCCAUCCAUGCAUUGCAUCGAUCAUUUUCUUGGCAUGUCGGGUCAGGGUUACUUGGGAUUGAAGAUCCUGGUAAACUCUGUUGGUACGGAAUACACGGGAUUCGAUUUAUUGGAUUAAUGAUUUUUCUGUUUUCUACUUUCUAUGGUUUUCCAAUACUUACAGCGGAGUAGUACUUCAUUCCUAGCUCUUAUCAUGCCAUUAAUACAGAGUAGCAUGACCACAUAACCCACCACAGUAACAUAUAAUAAACAUAAAUAUAAGACUGACAACAAAACAAAAGAAAAAGCCACUUAACGCACCCCUCCCAAGAAAGUAACCAAGACCGAACCCACAGAUACUCCCAACCAU